AUGCGCAUAACUUUUCGCGUGUCCAUCGCUGUCGCCCUGGUCGUCGCCAUCCUCCUCGUCAAGAAUCAUUUAGAUUCCCUCGAACCACAAUGGCAAGCCGACCGCGGCGCUGACCUCGCUCCCGAAAUCGUGUUGGACAGCGCGGGCGCACAUAUCGAGCUGGUCUCGGCCAAUUCCAAUCCCAAUCCCAAUCCCGCACAACUCUCACCCUCAUACUCUUCUCAUUCUUCGCAUUCCGCAUAUUCUUCUUCACCAAUGGCGCCGAAAUCUAGUCCAGCACCCCCGUCCAAAACAUGGCCCGAGCCGACGAAUCCGCCAGUCACGCCGACAAAGUUCCAGCCGAAAUCGAUUCCGGUCGAUGUCCCGGGCGCGAAUGAUGAUAUUUGGCAAUAUCCUUUUUGGGCGGAUAGGGAUGAUGAAGUCGGGGUUAUUCAUAAUUUGAAUGUGAAACCGAAGCCUAAGGCCAAGUCCACUCCUAAGCCGAAGGUCUCGCCGUAUCCCGAUCGCAUAGUCGUCUUGGGUCGGAUGUCGUGGGAGGACUCGGAUUGGUUGGAUGAUGAGUUGCCUGAAUGGCAACAUGCAGUCUACGUGGUUGACGAGCCCGACUCGGAAUUCACAGUCCAAAUGAACAAGGGCAAAGAAUCCAACAUCUACCUCCAGUAUAUCAUCGACCACUAUCACAAACUCCCCGAGUACAUGGUCUUCCUGCAUGCUCACCGCAACGCCGAGCACGUCGAAUUCUGGGAGCAAGAUAACGCCCUGACUGUACAACGUCUCCAAUUGGAUUACUUGAAGAAAGUCGGUUAUGUCAACCUCCGCUGUGGUUGGGGUCCAGGCUGCCCAGACGAAGUCCAUCCCUUCCGCCAAAUGGAAGGACGUACAACGGAAAUCGCGUUUGCGGGCGCCUGGAUACGUAUCUUUAAUAACACUGAUGUCCCCGAGGUGGUGGCUACCCCGUGUUGUGCGCAAUUUGGAGUGACCAGGGCACAGGUCCACACCCGGCCUUUGAGUGAUUAUCAGUCCUUUCAUCGCUGGCUGAUGGAGACCGAGUUGGAUGAUGAGACGAGCGGUCGUGUGUUUGAGUAUUUGUGGCAUAUUAUUUUCGGGCAGGAUCCCGUUUUUUGUCCAUCAAAACAACAGUGUUACGAGGAUGUAUAUGGAAUGGAGUGGGAUCCUGCCUAUGAGGAUGACUACAUGGAUUGGAUCAAUGAUGAAUUUUGGGAUUUACCGUAUAGAAAGUGA